GAAAAACCCUGGGUUCCAAGCAAUAAGUUCUCAGCCCCCUGAUAAUGAUUAUUAAUGUAGAAAUUUGAGUGCAGGAUGAACUCUGAACUGGGUACAGAUCUAUAAUUACUCAGGAACCUUCUGAAAAAGGCUGUGAUGAUUGUAGCUAAAAUAACAAAACAAUGGAAAAAAAAUACACAAAAUUUGUUUCAGUAAACAGUGAAGUUGUGAAAAAUCCCCGAGCAGAGGGAGUGGUUUAAAAUCAGCUGUGGGCCUGUGCUUGGUGUCUGUAAUCAGGUUCAGUCGCACAUAUCACUCAGAAAGGACUGACACUGAGCAUAAAGCUGCAGCAGAAUCAGUGCACAUUAGUCUCCGCCUCUUCUUCCACACAGUAUGGCGUUCGUUAUUGAUGUCCCUGCACAACCUGUCUACAUUGAACAAGCUCCGCCCCCUGUAGUCUUACAGGCUGCACCUCCACCUGUCAUCAUUGAACAAGCUCCGCCCCCUGUAGUCUUCCAGGCUGCACCUCCACCUGUCAUCAUUGAACAAGCUCCGCCCCCUGUAGUCUUCCAGGCUGCACCUCCACCUGUCAUCAUCGAACAAGCUCCGCCCCCUGUAGUUGUCCAGGGUCCUGUGGUUAUUACUUCUCCUAUGAGAUCUACUCCCACACAAACGAGGUGUCGUUUUUGCCAGCAGCAGGUUGUUACAAUGACUGAACCCAUGAAUGGACUCCUCACCUGGAUCAUUUUUGGGGUACUCUUUGUCUUUUGCAUCUGGCCCUUCUGCUUGAUUCCUUUUUGCGUGUCGUCCUGCAGAGACGUCAAACACAUCUGCCCCGGCUGCAACAACGUCAUCUACGUCUACAAACGGAUGUGAGAUGUCUCACAAAAUAGAACCUGGAGAACAUCAUUAAUCCAAUUAAAAGCUGUAAUUAAAAAAAAUAAUAAUAAAAAAAUGGAAUCUGAUUAGUGAAUUAAUCAGAAAUAUUAUUCACAGGAAUGUUUUGCACUGUCUCUGGAGUUACUGAAAUCUCUGUACUCAUGUUCUCACUUGUAAAAACUUUCAAUAAUCAAACAAUUACCAUUAAAUUACUUUUCAGAAAAUACACAUCAAAAAUGAUAAUAUUAUAUUAGGAAAAUUAUGGACUUUAAAUCAGGCUUGUAUUAUUUUAUUACAUACCGAAUACAUAAUAUUUAUUCCAUAAACUAAUAAUAAAUAUUGUAUGUAUGAA